AUGCCACCCUCACCCACCGCCACCAUCCCCAAGCGAAAAAAUCCUGCCGACCCUUCUGACGCCGACCACGCAGCCAAGAAAGCACGGAAGGAGGCUAAAAAGGAUAAAAAAGAGAAGAAGAAUAAAUCAAGGUCGAAGCACAAAUCCAAGGCCGGGGAUGUCGACCUCUUAUCUUCAGCCGAAUCUGAAUUUCGCUCCGUCAAAGCCUCGGUGCAGCUCACUAUCCCACCGGUCUUUGCGAGUAAACCUCACGAGGGGGCACAUGAACUGCUGGACUCUAUGAUCAUGAGGUAUAUCCCAGCUCUGCAGGGCGUAGUACUUGCGCAUAAGGCAUUGGAGUUCCUGGAGAGUACGGGGAAACUAAAGGCGGACAGUCCGUUUGCGAUAUGGAAUAUUGGUUUCGAGGCGAUUGUGUGGACUCCGGAGAUCGGAAUGGAGCUGGACGGCAAAGUCAAUCUUUGCUCUCCGGACCACAUUUCCUUGCUUGUACACCGCACAUUCAACGUGUCCAUCCCACGACAUCAUAUACCGGCCGACCAGUGGGAGUUUGAGUACGGGCCCGCAGAAAACGAUCCUGAAUUCGGAUCGAACACCGUCGAGGAGCCUCAGGGGGAUGUUAUUACAGAAGGACAUACAGUGGAUGAAGAAACGCAGCCGACUGAUGGAGCUGAGGGCGAGAGUGCGGAGAAGGGCGGGAGAUGGGUGCAUAAAGUGACUGGCGAUCGACUAGGAGGGAAAAGUGGGAUCCUGCGAUUUACGGUUGUUGGCAUGACGAUAGCGAACCAGAUGCUUUCUCUUCUGGGCUCGAUACAACUAGACCCAUUCUCACCGGAACACGUACCACGAUCAGACCAGCCACAGCCUACCUCCCACGACAUGCGCGCAUCUUCACCUCUAGAAAACGUUCUUGAUGACAUGGAAGGGCCUCUUGAGAGCGAUGCGGAAGAAGAAGAUCCGUUCGUGGAAGCGAGCAAACUACGUGAAGAGCCUCAAAACGUCGAGCCUGUGGCGAAGGCAGAAAAAGCGCAGAAGAAAGAGGAGAAACGAAAGAAGCGGAAAGUGAAGGACGAGGCGGAAGAUGGGUCGGAAAAAUUAGAGGGAAAGAAGGCGAAAAAGAAGAAGACAUGAUUGUGAUUGUGGCCCGUUACACCUCCUUCAAUGGGCAUUUCUUCUUUCCUCGAAGAUAUCUUUUCUGACUGCGGUUCUGCCCUGAGCAGGCUCUCUUUCCGCCACGGCCUCUGCUUCCGGUCGGAGCGGACAUAUUCAUACGAACUCACAGGUUCUGUAGACCUCGCCAGACUAGAACCAGGCCAUGGUUGUUCCAAAACGUCCUUCAUUGCUACGACUACGCGACGAUACAAAAGCAUAGUCAGGGUGUCCUUCAUCAGCAUGCUCAACCUUGAUUCGCGCAGCUUUCUUGGCGUUUGCGAAGUUUAUGCGCACAAUCCGGUGUUGGGUUUAAAAGGUCCUGGUUUUGCUCUAACU